UAGAAUUAUUAAUUAUAUAAUAAGUAUGGAAACCAACCGAUAUAAAAUGUAUCCUAGCAUCAAUCCUGAAGAAGAAAUAGUUAUAUCUGGUAUAGCUGGUCGAUUUCCUAAUAGCGACAACAUAAAAGAACUUCAAGAAAAUCUUUUUAAUGAAAUGGAGCUUGGCACAAGCAAUCAUAGACGAUGGGAUAAUUGUUUUGAUAUGCCUUAUCGAAUUGGCAAAGUCAACAAUGUAGAAAAGUUUGAUUCACAGUUUUUCGAUAUAUCUUCUGUAGAUGCUCAAUCACUGGAUCCCGUAACCAGAAUAUUAAUGGAACAUACUUAUGAAGCAAUUAUCGAUGCAGGUGUUAAUCCUAAAGAAUUACGAGGAACAAGAACAGGUGUUUUUACAGCAAUAUGUAGUAAUGAUACACAAAGCUUUUUAAUCUUUGAUGAAUAUCAGGUGCGAUAUAUUUAA